ACAAGACACAGGCUGUUUGCAAAAUGGCGUUGCAGAAUAUGUCCGUGGUGGCACCCAUCCUGGCUCUUGGCCUUUUCUUGACAAUUCAGUGUUUCCAGCUUCCUACACCAGCAUUACUGAAGGCCAGCAGAUCCUUGUUUGAAAAACGAAAAGGAGACAGGUCUCACUGGUGCUGUAAAAAGGAUUUAUCCCCCGUUGUCACUCAGUUCACGCGGAAACAGGUGCAGAGAUACAUCGUUUCCAAGAACUACACGUACGUCACGGACUACAAGCCAUGUGACCCAAAUGACGUGAACAACACGCUGCUGUUCUGUCCAGUUCACAAGACAGAUAUUGUGAAAACACCCAUGUAUAGGAUGGUGACCGUGAUGCUGAAUCGCACGGAAACCCCGUCCUGCAAAGAGAAGGACCUGACCUGCUGUAAAGGUUUCUCGCUGUACCUGGAUAACUGUUAUGAACCAGAGGAGUUGAAGACAAUAAAAGCCCUUGCCCAGUUGGGACUGACAGGGUAAACCAGACAACAUCUAUGCCCAUAACUGCGUUAAGCUGAUGUCCAACCAAAGCGACAAACAUUUGUAAAUUGUAUGAAAUAACUGCGAAUGAAAUCUUUGCUGUACGCUGCAUUACUUAUUAAAUAUUUAAAAAU